AGAUAACGAACCCACUUUCUAUGUGUUCAAGCAUGACAAAAUAUACUACUAUAUUCCUUCGAACUAUGAGGGUAAUUUUAUUAGUUCUAUGGAAUUCUGUGAAAAACACGACAUGAAACUUUUAGUCAUUGAUUCAUCAGCUCAAGAUCAAGCUGUAUACGAUGCAAUCAUUAAACUUGUUGGCAAGGAAAGUCCCAGACUGUGGACAUCAGGAAGCAGGCGUUCAUCAAACGGAGCCGGUGAUUGGAUCUGGAUGACUACUGGAAACAAAUUAGGUUUCACCAACUGGGGUACCGGUCAACCAUCAUCAAGUGGAGUAGGCGCUGCACAACAAUGCAUUCAACUUCUUCCGAACUACUUUUCAAAGGGAUAUUGGGACGAUUGUGAGUGCUAUGAACUCAGAACCCCUGUUUGCAUGAGCACGGAUCAUUAA